AAAUGAAGAAAUGACAUUAAAAAGAGAAACACACAAACAUAACGGGAGACAAGAGAAUAAAAACGCUUGUAGGAAUUUUGGGAAUAAAAGUGUUAAAAAAUUGUGAAAAAAAAUAUAGAAAUUGUUAUAGAUUUAACAUGAGAUAUCCUCUAAGCUUUCUACCAAAACAAUUCAUAAAAGGUGGAAGUAAUUAAAAUCUGAAAAAGUGUAUAUAAGAAUCUAAUCGAAUAAAAGAAAAAGUACAAUAGCAACAGCAACAACAAGUAUUUACUACUACGAAGAUAUGCCAGACCAGACAAUGAUUAUGAACAUGAUGAUUAUGAUGAUCGUCGACGACACACAACCAAUAUUUACAACAACAAAUCAAAACAACAGCUAAUAUAGUUGACAACAAAAAAAUCAUCGAUCAGUGAAGAGGAAACAAAAGUGAAAAAAGUGCGCGAGUAAAAACAAUCAAAUUGAAAUUAUGCCACAAAUAUCGGAAUAAUAAAAAAGUAAUAGUUCUUUUUUGUUAUGUUUUUAUGGCAUCCCGUACGACGGACAUUGGUCUAUAAAUAUAAUUCCUUAUUUAAUGUUGAGAGUAUAUCACAACGACCGCGACAACGCUAAAUGCUGCGUAUAUGUGUAUAUUAACAACAUAUUUCCCACCAACGCCUUAAGAGGUGCACAGCACUGAGAUAUUACAUAUUCAUUCAUUUUCGUUGCUGUUACGUCGUCAUUGUUGUUUUGAUUCACGCGUUUAACUGUGCCAUCGUCCUGCUUCACUAUUUUCUUUGCAAGCUUUUCCUCCGGUUGAUGCGGUGCAAGUGUACAUAUCUUGUUGCGUGUGUGCCUGAAUGAUUGCAGCUAUGAUGUCCCAUAACACAUGUCAUAACUAGACAACACAAAAGUGAAUACAAAGAGAUUGAAAAUAAACUAUUAAUAGUUUGUUUUUUUUUGUUUGUGUUUUUCGGGAUUACUCUUAUCACAUUUGCCAUCAUCAAAGUAUUUGAAAAAUAAUCCAGCGAAAUGUUGCAAAAGUAUAGUUUGUCUAAUGCAGUUGCUAUCGCAUUUCUCCUUGGUAUUUGUGUUCCAUCGGCUUCGUCGUCCAUAUUACCACCAGAAUACAAAGUACUUUGCGAACAUUAUGAUGAGAACAAUUGUACGACAAAUGGUGACUGUGCCGUCCGAACGGAACAGUGUAAAAUUGAUUCAGAAAAACCGCCAAGUUGUUAUGUUUUAUGGUCAAAGAACAAUCGAACAGGUGAAGAGCGCAUUAAAAUGAAGGGUUGUUUUAGCCACACAUCCGAAUGCAAUCAAACGAAAUGUGUGACAAGCAGUGAACCCCGCAAAGAUAACAUUUAUUAUUGUUGUUGCAAGGAAUCCUUGUGCAACAGGGAUUACAAAUGGGAACCAACAACGACGGAGGCCACAACACAAGUACCCAAAGAGAAGAAAUCGGAAGAUCCAAAUCUAAUACCCAUCAUCAUUUGUUCCUGUGCUUUGGCCCUCUUAAUUACAACAACUGGUAUUCUAGUUUUUUUGUAUCGCCGACAUAAACAAGAAAAUUUCAAUGAAGUACCAGCCAAUGAAGCUGAAAUAACCAAUACCUCACCACUCUUAAGUAAUAGACCCAUACAGCUGUUGGAAUUGAAGGCCAGUGGUCGUUUCGGUGAUGUUUGGCAGGCCAAACUACAUAAUCAUGAUGUGGCCGUGAAAAUCUUUCGAAUGCAAGAAAAAGAAUCAUGGAAUACAGAACUUGAAAUUUAUAAGUUACCUCGCAUGAGACAUCCAAAUAUUUUGGAAUUUCUGGGCCAUGAAAAACACACCGAAAAUAUCCAACAUGAAUUUUGGCUCAUUUCAGCCUAUCAGCACAACGGUUCACUGUGUGACUAUCUCAAAUCACAUACGAUAACCUAUCAACAGCUUUGUCGCAUAGCCGAAUCAAUGGCAUGCGGUUUGGCACAUCUGCACGAAGAAAUUCCAGCCAGCAAAACAGAAGGCCUAAAACCGUCCAUUGCUCAUCGUGAUUUUAAAUCGAAAAAUGUUUUGUUGAAAAACAAUUUGACAGCAUGUAUAGCCGAUUUUGGUUUGGCCAUGAUAUUUGAACCGGGCAAACCGUGUGGAGACACCCAUGGCCAGGUGGGCACUAGACGUUAUAUGGCUCCAGAAGUUUUAGAGGGUGCCAUUAAUUUCAAUCGUGAUGCUUUCCUUCGCAUUGAUGUUUAUGCCUGUGGUUUGGUGUUAUGGGAAAUGGUAUCGCGUUGUGAUGCCACAGGACCAGUUGGAGAAUAUUUGCUACCAUUCGAGGCAGAGUUGGGCCAACGACCUACUCUGGACGAGGUGCAAGAGAAUGUGGUCAUGAAAAAAUUACGUCCACAAAUCUUAAAUUCUUGGCGUUCACAUCCUGGAAUUAGCAUUAUUUGUGAUACAAUGGAAGAAUGCUGGGAUCACGAUGCCGAAGCCCGUUUAUCUUCGUCGUGUGUAAUGGAACGUUUUUCACAAUUACUAAAAUAUCCCAUUACGCCGUUCUUAAUUAAAAAUAAUACCAACAAUUGUAGUACGGUGGAUAUCAAAGAAUCGAAUAUAAUUGAGGCAAAUUCAUAGGAUUGGCAUUGAAAUCACUGUUGAAGAUUGAAACAGUUAUUUAUGUGCAGAGUUAUUUAACUUAUCCUUAAUUAGGAUCUUGUUUUCUUUUCUCUGAUUAAAGUUUAUCUUUAUGAACAACCGGAGUUUGAGUUGAGUAUGGGUCCAGACUCUGUUCUGUAUAUUCUUGACGAAGGGAGAAAUAUUUAAACUUUUUCCUUUUAACAAAAGUUUUGUGUUCCAAAAACUUGAGCCUAAUCUUAUUUUAAGUUUAAUGUUGUACAACUUUUCUUUUCAUAGCUAUUACUAAACCAGUCGUCUUGCCUAGUCUUUUUUUUUUUUUUUGAAUUUGUUGAAGAUUGGAGUCUCUAUUACACAUGUCUCAAAAAAUAUUAUUCCUUAACAAGAAUAUUGUAUAAAAUCGUUGAAUAUUUGUGCAAUGUUAUAUUAAUUAUAUAUUUUACAUGUGAUUUCCUUUAGCGCUGGGCAAGACAGGACUGUACAGAAUGAAAGUAUUUGUAAGUGAUUUUUAUAACAAUUUAAGUCUUAAGUAUGUAAGCACAGAUUUUCAAUUUUAGUCUAAAUAAUCAACUAUCCUAUAAGAUUGUAAAUUAAGUUUUAUUAAAACAAAAAAAAAAAAAAUUGACUGAAAAAAACAAUAUCAUUUAAGAAUUAGAAAAAUAUCACAUUCACAACCGGUUAUAUACAAAGAAAAAACACAAGUUUUAUAGCAACAGAAUCAAAAGUUAAAGAACAAAUCAAACAUACAAACAAUUGUCCUAUACAACUAAAACAAAACCAUAACACAUUUGUUUAUCACUUAUCUUUUUUUUUAUCUAUCCCUAUGCAUUUCUCUGAAAAUUGUUGUAGUUUAUUUUUACCCAUUUUAUGUUUACGUUCUAACCAAAAUGCGUCUUCAAAAGUUAUAAGAAACGAAGAGUUGUCUUAAGGCUACAUAAGCAGCUUGACACCAUGGCUUCGAAUGCUGCUCUGACUUCCCUUUAUGAUGUGUCACAAUAUACAGGGUGAGAUAAAAAAACUGCAGCAAAGUCAAAACCACACAAUUUUUACAUAUUUUUAAAUUUUAUUGAAUGAAAGCACAAAAUGUCGGAAAUAGCAUCAACUUUGGCACGAAUUAUCCCCUUAAACGGCCAAUGAAACCGUCACAUGCUGCCUGAAUGUUGCUCUGUGGAAUUUUGGGUCAUUCCCGGCGAAGCGCUUGCUUGAGGUGAUCGACACUUUGGUAAUUUUUAGUGCCAACCUUGCUUUUCAAAAUACUCCGGACACAAUAGUCCAACGGAUUGGUAUCCGGAGAUUUUGGUGGCCAUUGUGCGCUGGAAAUGAAGCGAGGAACCUCAUUUUGUAACCAUUAUUGGGUGCGCGUGCUGAGUCCUGUUGGAAUGUCCAAGGUCUGCGACCAAAAUGUUUGCGUGUCCAAGGCUCCAGAAUAAUUUCGCUAUAAUAUUCGGCAUUUAUUCUGAUACCACGGUCGAUUAAUACGAGCGGAGAGCGACCAUCGGCUGUUAUGGCGGCCCACACCAUCACCAUGGCCGGCGCUUGAGUUUUGGUGGCCAACCGAAGGUGCACAUUUUUAGCUGGCAAGUAAACACGAUAUUUUUGUUUGUUUUCAAACUGCUAGACGACGAAUGUUUUCUCAUCGGAGAAAACCAUAUUCGGCAGUUCACCACUUUCGGCCAAGCUCUUUUGAGUCUAUUUUCUUUCUGUUGAGGUGUAAGUUCUUGCACUUUUUGGAAUUUCAAUGGUUUUACCCCGAGUGCAUUCUUCAAUAUUUGCCGGAUUGAAUAUUGCGAUAUGUUCAGCUCACAAGCCAUUUUUCGGCCAUAGCGACGAGGGUCGCUUCUUUACUUUUACAACUAUUUCGGCUGAUGUUGCUGUUAUUUUCCGUCCACUUCCUUGACGUCGGGCUACGCUUCCAGUAUCACAGUAACGAGCGAUGGUACGAGACACAAAAGAUUUAUUCACAUUUAAAUGCUGGAUUGUUCUAACGAUAGCCACUUGUGGUUUUCCAGCCAAAUAUAAAGAAAUCACACACUUGAAUUCCAUCACGAAAACUUUUUUUUUCUAGAAAAUUCUCAUCAAAAUGCUUUUGUACGCUUAUAAACAAUGUAAUGAACUAUUACUGGAAUAAUUUUAACAGCUUAGAAAUAAAAGCAUUCAGAUGUUGGUUGCAGUUUUUCAUCUCACCCCGUAUGCCUUAUACUUAAAACCCCAACUCAUCUAACUCAUUGAAUUGAGUUUUGGCAAGAAAAUGACUUUAAGCAGUAAAAACCGUAUAAUAUCGCUAAGAGGGCUAGAUCGACUAUUAAUUUCUUAAUCGAAGAGCGGUUCAUUCAAUCAAGGCUGCAUUGCUUUUGAUAUCUGGAAAAUAAAUUAAAACCCUCAAUCAUGUGUUAGUAGUGCAAUUCUAGCAAGAAGCUAUUUAAUAGUGAUGUCUUAAGAACGGUUUAGUACAGGGGAGGUGAAUAAAACUUUGGUCCAUCAGCCAUAUUAUGUUUGGGCAACACAAAUAGCGAUACUUCAGGAACGGUUUAUGUGAGCACCCUUUUGAAGGCGUUAAACAACAUGUCCAUAAGUUUGUGAGAAAUAUUGAAUAAAACUCAACUCACAAUGUCAAGGUGGAGAUUUUCGUAAUUUGGAAAAGUUUUUUUCUGGCUCAAGAAACUGCUGCGUUU